AUGUCAGACCACGGGAACAGCUCCGACACGCUGGAAGAGAUCGAUGAUCCUUCCGAGCUAUUGUCCAAACCACUAGAGCCUGUUCCGCUCGUCAGGCCGUCUUCGAUCGACCAGCCUCCCGCAUCUCCGCUGAAGAAGCGUCAACUUCCGCCAGGGUUCGGCACAGGCGCUUCUAGCGGCUCGUCGUCCAGCACUUCACGACCGACGGUGUGGCAGUCCCCACGCCAACAUGCUCAAGCUGCGGUACCCGCAGCCUCGAAUCCCGCCACCUCGGCCGGAAAUGGGCUGAUCAUUGGUGGUAGCGGAGCUCGCGUUCCAACCCAGUUUUUGGACGCCAACGGUGGGUUCUCAUGGCAGGCCCCACCAACCACUGCGGGCUCUGCCAGUUCGGUCCAUGUGCCCACUCCGUCGAUGCCCGGAGCUUUCCCCCUAGCUGCCGCAUCUGCAGUUGCACCAACUCCACAGCAGUCUUCAGCGCCUAGACCGUCGCGCGUAGAAACGACCAUUGAUCUGACCUUCGACAGCGAUGAGGAAGACGGUAAGGACAAGCCAGUCAUAUCGAAAUCGAACGGCAAUGCUAUCGCCUCUGGCUCGUCGAUGCCCUCCACAGCGCACACAGCACAGGCUCUCUUAAAUGGCGGGAGCGCUCCCAAGGCAGAGCAUGCAGCAUCCUCGUCAUCUCCCGGCCCUUCUGCACCCAUCGAGAUCGACGAUGAUGAUGACGAGCCGGUUAUCGUCGGCCUCAAGCGGCCAGCGCCAGAGGAGUUUGAGAUCGACCAUGUCAAGUCGAACGCCAUCGUCUGCGCCGGGUUGAUCCAUGCCGUCGUUCUCUGCAUGUAUGGUCUGCCACCUGCGCUAACUUACGCCGGUAACGCCGGGCAGGAGCCACCUCAGGAUCCAAACUUUACGCGUGAAAAUUGGCCCAACGCAUCACGCUUCUGGACCGAGCAAGGUUACAGGCCCGUCAUGCUCCACCUGCCUGAUCCGAACAGCUUGCCUCCGUCAAGCAGGACGCUGCCAGGCGGUUGGAGCUACAUCGCCAUGCCUCCACAACGAGCUGAUAUCAACGUCAGCGUGCUCGUGCCGCCACUCGCCAGGUAUCCGCACCUGCCUCGAGAGCAGGCUUUCGCGCAAGGCCCUUAUGUCGAGCAAGCCUUCGGCUCUCUAGCCGAGAAAUACGUUACCUCGAUGGAGCCGCUUCUUCGGAGCAACAAGAUUCGAUGCGAGGCUCGCUGUCGUUUGGUACCUAUCGGAAGAGCACAGAAUUUCCUGCAAUACCUCGAGAUCCUCGUCUUUGCUUGUCGCCCUGAUCUUCCCCUCAUCUCGGAACGCUUGGCCUCUCAGGGCAUCCAGUUGGAGCACCCGCCGUCAUACCAUCCUGAGGAUUAUCCGACGCAGCCUCAGUACACGAACCCGCACAACCCUCCUGCGGGCGGCAUGCGCAAUGAUCACAUGCUCAACACGUAUAAUGGCAUCUAUCGUGGCGCGGGGAUGGGUACAAGUGUGCAGAACCGCGAGAUGACGGAAAAGGAGAAGAAGGCUCAAGUCGAUGCUAUCUACACAAGCAUUCGCAGCGGAGAGGAGCUUGCGGCGGUCGAGCCAACCGAGCUGAUCUCGACGAGACUGCUUCAACAUCAGAAGCAAGCUUUGGGCUUCUUGCUGAACCGCGAACGGGAUCGAAGAUGGACGGAGCUUCUGGUCGAGCGGAAAGAAGACCAAAAGAAGGAAGAGGGAGGCGAUUCAUCCUCCGCUCCGAAAGAGCCCAAGUUUGAGUUGGUCAAGGCCGAGGGUAAGAGCAAGGCAUCGACCUCAAGCAGUGCAUUGGAAAAGGGCAAAGCUAAGGACAAGGUGCAGGAGGAAGUCGACGAAGACUCUAUCUCGCUGUGGAAGGUGCGCAAAGGCAUGAACGGCAAGGUCCGAGCUUGGCGCAAUCUCAUCACCAACCGCGAAACCAUGGCUCAGCCUCGCAUCUGCCGGGGGUCCAUCCUCGCAGAUGACAUGGGUCUUGGCAAGACCAUCACAACGCUCGCCCUCAUUGCGCAUACCCUGCGCGAAGCCAAGGUCUUCGGUGCUUCGAAGGUACCACGAGAGGCUGGUGUUGAUCUUGCAGAGGCGAUGCAAGCGAAUGGCGUUUCGGAUGAAGAGGGUGCCAGCAAGGCGAAAGUCGAAAGCUUCAGCAACGGCAAGGGCAAAGGCAAGGCUGGUGCCAAGCGUCGUAGCAGCGAGUCCUCGUUCGACGAUGACAUGAACUUUGACGACAAGUUUGAUCUCUCUGAUCUGUCGGAUGACGACGUAACGCCUCCUAUCUCGCUCGCUCUUCACAACGCCCCUCCUGCGGCCAAGAACACAACUGCCAACGGCAAGAAGAAGGCAAAGGAGAAGACGGAUCCCGAAAUCGUGCGUCGAAAGCAUCUCGAGCGUCGUACCCGCGCCACACUCAUUGUUUGCCCUUUGUCAGUGAUUUCGAAUUGGGAGGAGCAGAUUAAAGAGCACUGGGCGCGCAAGAAGCGUCCUUCAGUUUACAUCUACCACGGCUCUUCGCGAUCCAACAGCGUGAAGUGGAUUGCAAAUCAUGACAUCGUGCUUACGACCUACUCGACGCUCGGGUCCGAAUUCUCGAACCAGUCGAUGUGGGUCACUGAUGACGUGCGGGACCCGAAGAGAGGCAAAAAGGGUGGUAGUUCUGACGACGAGCACGCGGUUGAUGAUGACGAUGAGGUAUUCAUGGUCAAUGAAAACGGCAUCCCAAUCGGUGACCAAGCUGGCCGAGGCAAGACGGAUAAGAACAACGGAAAGAAGCGGAAGCGCAAAGCUGCAAAGGAGUCCCUCAACCCGUUGCAACAUAUUGAAUGGUUCCGCAUUGUGCUGGACGAAGCACAUAUCAUCAAGGGCGCUGGAACAUGGCAGUCGAAAGCCGUCUGUAACCUCUCAGCACAACGCAGGCUCUGCCUUACUGGUACACCCAUCCAGAACACUAUCAACGACCUAUUUGCGCUGGUCAAAUUCCUUCGUCUCGAUCCUUUUACCGAUCGAGCCAUUUGGAACGAAUUCUGCGGUCACAAGGAGUCUCAUGGUCUCAAAUCCAAAGGAAAGGACGACGAGCCGAUCGACCCCGCCAACCUUGGCCACGUACAGAUCUUGAUGAAGUUCCUUGCUCUGCGUCGACAAAAGACAACUAAGACGGCAGACGGCAAGCAGCUGCUCACCUUGCCGCCUAAGCUCAGCAAGACGGAGUACCUGGACUUCGAGGAGACAGAGAAGGCUCGCUACCAGGCUCUGCACAACCGGUAUCGUGAAGAAUUCGAGGAGAUGAUGGCUGGUGACACGGUUAACAACAACUAUGCAACCAUCCUCCACGAGAUUCUCAACCUGCGCAUGACCUGCGACCACCCUUCCAUGGUCGAUGCUGGCAAAGAUGCGAAGCGCAUGAGUGCAGGAGCCGACCUUUCCGAGGCCAUCAAGCAGGACGGUCUCAGUCGAGAGCGAGCAGCGAUCCUCUUCAUCCUGUUCCGCGACAGCGAGAUGGCGUACUGCUCUGAAUGCCAGAGCGACCUCUCCAUGAGCGCGGAUCGCGGCGGAGCUGGCAACGAUACUCAGGAGCUGGUAGAUGCUCUUGAUGACGUCACUGGUGAAACUCGCAACGGCAAGAGGAAGCGCACUAGGAUCGAGCCAGGCAUGGCAUCCAUUGCAUCCUCUAUUAUCAUGUCGAGGGACGGUCUGGAAACACCUAGGGAAGGUGCAGCACGACCGGUAGUAACACGAUGCCAACACAUGUUCUGUUCGUCGUGCUUCCGCCGCUUGAAUGGAUUUCCUUGGCCGAAUGUGGCAGCUUCCGAUGUCGGCAAUUGCCCCACGUGCAGUUACUCAUUGAAUCUUGCUAUGGACGCCAUCGAGCUGGAUCCUACCGACUUCGUGGGGAUCAAUGAUGAUCAGACUGAGCGUGUCGCCGACGGCGACCAAGACUUCAUCGAUCCGAACGAUGACGAAGAUACGGGUGACAAGAAGUCUAAGAUCAACAAGUAUGACGACGAGGGUGUGGAUGAGCCCGAGAGCGACUUUGACUGGGGCAGCGGUGAUGAGGACAGCAAGAUUAAAACACCUCGUCGCAAAGCGCCACGCAAUAAUGGCAGUGGCUCGACGGAGAUUCGUGGCGAUAUCUCGCUCGAAGGCAGGAAGGAUCUGUCCACGAAGAUCCGCGCUCUCAUCACCGACCUGCUGCCGUUUUCGAAGUGCAAUCCUCACUCGGCACUCUACGAUCCCACAGCACCUCGACUGGUUCACAUCGAACCUUCGACAUCCGAGGAUCCAGAAGUGCGCAAAGUUGAGGACCCUGUGGUCGUCAUUCAAAAGCCGCCGGCCGCUAUCACCAAGAGCGGGUUGCUAGGAAAGCUGGAUCAAGCCAUGGAUGCUCUAGACUCGUACGACCCAGUCAAGAGCGUCGUCUUUUCUCAAUGGACGAAGAUGCUCGACCGAAUCCAGAAGUCGCUCAAGAUCACCGGCAUCCGUGUCGCCAGACUCGACGGUACAAUGAAGCGUUCCGACCGCUCUGCUGCAUUGGAAUCUUUCAAGAACAACCCGACCAUCGAGGUCCUUCUCGUCUCUCUCCGCGCAGGAGGCACAGGCCUCAACCUCGUCUCUGCCUGUCGAGCCUACCUCAUGGACCCGUACUGGAACCCAGCAGUGGAGAACCAAGGUCUCGAUCGCGUACACCGUAUGGGCCAGACACGACCAGUCAUUACAACGAAGUAUAUUAUGCGACAUAGUAUUGAGGAGAACAUGCUCCGGUUGCAGAAACGCAAGAUGAUGUUGGCUGAGAAGGUCGGGAGUAAGAGGCAGAUUGGAGCGGGGGCUAGGAGAGAAGAGAGGAGGGAAGACUUGAGGGUGCUGUUUGGGACUUCGAAUGGUGGUGUCGAGUCGGUCGAAAAACGGUCGUCAGUGUAG